GAAUCACAUUGAGAAUUCACCUGCAAAACGCAAAGAACAAAAACAUGAGCAUUUGCUCGCCAUUGUAGACUCCUCCUCUUCACUGUUAAUAAUAAUAAUAAAAAGAAAGCUAAAAGAAAUCGCAUUCUCUCUUCGAUGUUCUCUAUUUUUCAUUCGAUAUAGUUGAUUAAUCUCCAGUUUUUAGAUCUCAGAUCCGAAGGUAGGGGAUAAGGAUAAGAGGCUUCGAUGGAGAGUUUAGCGCAACUAGAAGCAUUGUGUGAGAGGAUGUAUAACUCACAGGAUUCUGCGGAGCGAGCUCACGCGGAGAACACUCUAAAAUGCUUUUCCAUGAACACAGAUUACAUUUCACAAUGUCAAUACAUUCUUGAUAAUGCAUUGACUCCUUAUGCAUUGAUGCUUGCUAGUUCUAGCCUGCUCAAGCAAGUUACCGAACAUAGCCUCUCUCUGCAGCUCCGUCUCGAUAUCCGUAAUUACCUCGUUAACUAUCUGGCCACCAGAGGGCCUGAGUUGCAGCCUUUUGUUAUUGCAUCUCUAAUUCAGCUUCUGUGCCGAGUUACAAAGUUUGGGUGGUUUGAUGAUGAUAGAUUUAGAGAUGUGGUUAAGGAGUCUACAAACUUCUUGAGCCAGGCAACUUCAGAUCACUACACCAUUGGUUUGAAGAUACUGAAUCAACUUGUCUCUGAGAUGAAUCAGCCUAAUACGGGGUUGCCUUCAACGCAUCAUCGCAGAGUAGCCUGCUCCUUUAGGGAUCAGUCACUCUUUCAAAUAUUCCAGAUAUCUUUAACCUCACUAAAUCAAUUGAAAAGCGAUGUCGCAAGUCGAUUGCAAGAGUUGGCACUUUCCCUUGCGCUGAAAUGUUUAUCUUUUGAUUUUGUUGGGACAUCAAUUGAUGAAAGUUCAGAAGAGUUUGGUACUGUUCAGAUUCCAUCAUCUGGGAGACCAAUUUUAGAAGAUCCAUCAACAUUGCAGAUAUUUUUUGAUUACUAUGCUAUUUACAACAGCUCCUUCUUUCAGUACCGAAGGCAAGAAGCAUUGGAGUGCUUGGUCCGGCUAGCGUCUGUUCGUCGCUCUUUGUUUACAAACGAUGCUGCCCGUUCUAAGUUUUUGGCACACUUGAUGACAGGAACCAAAGAAAUCCUACAAACAGGGCAAGGUCUUGCUGAUCAUGAUAAUUACCAUGAGUAUUGUCGUCUCCUUGGACGUUUUAGAGUGAACUAUCAGUUGUCAGAGCUUGUGAAUGUGGAAGGCUAUGGUGAUUGGAUACAAUUGGUGGCAGAGUUCACUUUGAAAUCCUUGCAGUCUUGGCAGUGGGCCAGCAGCAGUGUAUACUACCUUUUAGGGUUGUGGUCCAGAUUAGUGACGUCAGUGCCGUACUUGAAGGGUGAUGCUCCAAGUUUGCUAGAUGAAUUUGUGCCCAAAAUUACUGAAGGUUUUAUUACAUCAAGAUUUAACUCUGUGCAGGCUGGAUUCCCAGAGGAUCUUGACAAUCCAUUAGAUAAUGUCGAACUUCUUCAGGAUCAACUUGAUUGCUUUCCUUAUCUCUGCAGAUUCCAGUAUGAAAGCAGUGGUUUGUAUAUAAUAAACAUAAUGGAGCCUAUUCUUCAAGCAUACACGGAAAGGACAAGAGUGCAGACUAGUGAUGGUAAUGAACUUUCUGUUAUCGAGGCAAAGCUUGCUUGGAUAGUUCACAUCAUUGCUGCUAUUCUUAAAAUCAAGCAAUCUACUGGCUGUAGCGCGGAGUCACAAGAAGUACUUGAUGCAGAACUUUCAGCUCGUGUUUUGCAAUUAAUAAAUGUCACUGACAGUGGGCUACAUAGCCAGAGAUACCGUGAACUGAGUAAGCAGAGACUUGAUCGAGCAAUUCUCACCUUCUUUCAGCAUUUCCGAAAGUCUUAUGUUGGUGAUCAGGCUGUGCACUCAUCCAAGCAGUUAUAUGCCCGAUUGUCUGAGCUCCUUGGACUGCAUGACCAUUUGGUACUACUGAAUGUGAUUGUUGGGAAGAUUGCUACUAAUUUGAAGUGCUACACAGAGAGUGAGGAGGUCAUUGAUCACACGCUAAAUUUGUUCCUGGAGUUGGCAUCUGGCUAUAUGACGGGAAAGCUGCUUCUGAAGUUGGAUGCAAUUAAAUUUAUAGUCGCCAACCAUACUAGGGAGCACUUCCCCUUUUUAGAAGAAUAUAGAUGCUCUCGAAGCAGAACAACUUUUUACUAUACUAUUGGCUGGUUAAUAUUUAUGGAGGACAGCCCUGUGAAAUUCAAGUCCUCAAUGGAACCGCUCUUGCAAGUUUUUAUUAGUUUGGAAUCAACACCUGAUUCCAUGUUUCGAACUGAUGCGGUAAAGUAUUCUCUAAUUGGGUUAAUGAGGGAUCUUAGAGGAAUUGCUAUGGCUACAAAUAGUCGCAGAACUUAUGGGCUCUUAUUUGAUUGGCUAUAUCCUGCUCAUUUGCCACUUCUUUUGAAAGGAAUCUCACAUUGGGCAGAUACACCUGCGGUUACUACUCCACUGUUGAAAUUCAUGGCUGAAUUUGUGUUAAACAAAGCACAACGUUUGACUUUCGAUUCUUCUUCUCCUAAUGGCAUUCUUCUUUUCCGGGAGGUCAGCAAACUCAUUGUAGCCUAUGGCACCAGGAUUUUAGCUCUUCCAAAUGCUGCUGAUAUAUAUGCCUAUAAGUACAAGGGAAUAUGGAUUUGUUUAACUAUUCUCUCUCGAGCUCUUGCGGGAAACUAUGUCAAUUUUGGAGUGUUUGAAUUGUAUGGCGAUAGAGCCCUUGCUGAUGCACUUGAUAUUGCUCUAAAGAUGACACUGUCAAUUCCUUUGGCCGAUAUAUUAGCAUUCCGGAAGCUGACAAAGGCUUACUUCGCAUUCUUGGAGGUUCUAUUCAGCAGCCAUAUUAUUUUCGUAUUGAAUCUAGACACAAACACCUUCAUGCAUAUAGUUGGUUCCCUAGAAUCUGGUCUUAAGGGUCUGGAUACAAGUAUCUCAUCACAGUGUGCAUCUGCUGUUGACAAUUUGGCUGCUUUCUAUUUCAACAACAUCACAAUGGGGGAGGCGUCGACUUCACCUGCUGCAAUUAAUCUUGCUCGACACAUUGCUGAUUGCCCCACUUUAUUUCCUGAAAUACUAAAGACCCUGUUUGAGAUCGUUUUAUUUGAGGAUUGUGGCAACCAGUGGAGUCUUAGUAGACCAAUGCUGAGCUUGAUUCUUCUUAGCGAGCAGAUAUAUUCUGAUUUGAAAGCUCAAAUUUUAGCUUCACAGCCGGUUGAUCAACAUCAACGGCUUUCUCUUUGUUUUGACAAACUGAUGGCAGAUGUUACUCGAAGCUUGGAUUCAAAGAACAGGGAUAGGUUUACUCAAAACCUGACUGUUUUCAGGCAUGAGUUUCGUGUCAAAUAGCUGCAAUCUUGUUGCUUUCUUACUGCUGGUUUUGGGGACAGCAUGUUACCUCCUGAUGAUGUUUGCUUGAAGAAUCCCAAAGUACCAUAUGUUGUUAAGCAUGUAAAAAUGGACUCUGGUUGUGAAGAGCAAACAUAAUUUUUGUUAGGGUAUCUGUGUUUUAUUGCCCAAAGAGAUGAGAAGCAGAUUUCCAGAGAAGAUAAAAGGUUUGCAAUCGAGAUGUAAGAAAUCUUUUUGUGGUGUACAGAUUUUCUUUUUUGUUUGCUAAAUUUCCUAUUUGAGGGGAAAGUUACUAGGACUGUUAGAUGUUAUACUAUGGGAAGGCUUGCAGAAACUACUGGUGGGUUUGAUAGUUCGUGUUUAGAGUAUCAAUUCUUUUUAGAACAAAGAUGUAAAUCAUUCAUGAGGUUUGUGGUUCAGAGGUGGGUCAGGAGAAAUUUUUUUUGUACAUUAACGUCAACAUAUUCUUUGUAUUUGUUGAUAAUAGAAAGAAAUGGAAUGAAAAUUUUAGUGUCAGUCUUGUUUUCUUUCCAA